AUGACUGAAAACGUAAUGAAAAAGGAGUUUGUCAGUGUUUGGGUACGGGAUCCACGGAUACAGAGGGGCGAUUUCUGGCACACAUACGUCAACUAUGAGAUCUGCAUUCAUACCAAUAGCAUGUGCUUCAGAAAGAAGACUUCGUGUGUUCGACGGCGCUAUAGUGAGUUUGUUUGGCUCCGACAAAGACUCCAGGACAACGACCUACUCAUGGAGGUGCCAAAGCUUCCUCCAUGGAAUCCAUUCUUCAGUCUGACUAACACAAACCAGGUGACGCAGAGGAUGGAGGGACUGCAGCAGUUUCUGGAAGGGGUGCUGAGGACUCCGAUACUGCUGUCAGACAGCCGUCUGCAUCUCUUCCUGCAGUCCCAGCUGAGUGUUGCUAAGAUGGAGGCGUGUGUGCAGGGCCUGACACGCUACACAGUGGCCCAGGCUAUUCAGCGCUGUGUGUGUGACACACGCCGCUUUCCACUUGAGGAGGAAGAGCGUGAGGAAGAAGAGAGGAGAAGCUGCUGUGACUCCGACUCUGAGAGCACGACGUCCUCUGGGCUUGGUCAUAGUGUGGAACCAGCAACUCCAAAUACUGAGAGCUCUUCUCCUGACAGAAGCCCCACACACACCUUUGAGUCUCCGCCCACUGACACAGAGCUAUUUAGCUGUCUGUCUUCGUCUCCUAGCAACGAACAGGAUGGCAUCCAGUCCAUCACAGACUACAGGACCCCACCACGUGUCUCUGACUCCAACGCCUCUCUACCAAACGCACACAACACUUUCUACGCCAGGUUUGAGGCCCCGAACACCAAGCCAGCGAGGAAAACCAGAGUCGACCCACACAAGGCUGCGGGGCCCGACUCACCAGGUCGAGUGCUCAAAGCCUGUGCAGACCAGCUGGCCAACGUCCUAAUGGACCUCCUUGAACCAGGCUGUCGUCCCACAGUGAUUCAAGGCCACCACCAUCAGACCUGUGCCGAAGAAACCUGUAGUGUCAGAGCUCAGUGA